AACUCCGGUGUACAGGAAGUCUCAAAUGUAAUCAACAUGACUGCGUUUUCGGCAUGUCAGACAAAAUUACAAAACUAGCUUUAAAAAAACCCAUAUAUAUAUAAAACGUAGCUAGUUUCAUAAACAUAUUUUUUGGAAUUCUGACAUUUAUUGGAAUAAAUGCCCAAACUAUAAAACUAGCUAGCUAGCUACCUGACAGUUACGUUAGUUUUAGCUAGCUAUGUUCGCUUGCUAGGUACAUUAAUACGUUUUUAAGCUCAAUAUUUCCACCAAGGAGGUUGCCUCUCCGAUCAUCACUCUCACUCGCUUGGGCAAGGGACAUAAGGUAUACUCGGAUUUGACGAUGUAAAACGUAAUUCGAGGGUUUAGGACCGAGGGUUGUCUAGUUUGGACUGCUGCCUAUAUAUGAUCAAAAUAGUCUAGCACAGGCCUACUCUAGUAAGUAAUGGAGAUUCCAGUAUUCACUGUUGAUGCGUUUACCAACUUACCUUUCAAAGGAAAUCCUGCAGCAGUUUGUCUGCUUUUACAUGAAUUGCAGGAUGAUAUGUACCAGAACAUUGCUGCUGAGAUGAACCUGUCAGAGACUGCCUUCAUCAUACGGCUGAAUUCAAAAGAUGACUUCAGCUCAGGAGCACGCUUCCGUUUGCGUUGGUUCACCCCCACCACUGAGGUUCCUCUGUGUGGCCAUGCCACCCUGGCUUCAGCUGCAGUACUGUUUUACAAAAAAAAAAAUGUCAACUCAACAGUGGUAUUUGAGACACUGAGUGGAGAGCUGUGUGUGCGACAACAAGGGGAAUCUAUAGUGAUGAAUUUCCCCCUGAACAAACCUACUCCUGUGGGUCUUAAAGAAUUUAAAGACAUAGUUAAAGCUGCUGUGGGAGACCAGCCAGUUCAAGAAGUGUGCCUCUGUGCCACCACCAAAAUGCUAAUGGUGCGCCUUGCUGACAGUUGUGACAGGUCAGUGCUCACGUCCCUGCAGCCAGACCCAGCAGUUCUGCUCCGUGUAGACACUGGCGGGAGGCUUAGGGGUCUGCUUGUCACCAUGAUCGGAGACCCUGGCUGUCAGUCUGGCUAUGACUUCUACUCCAGAAACUUCUUCCCCUGGUUCGGGGUUCCUGAGGACCCUGUGACUGGCUCUGCGCAUACUGUCCUUGCAGGCUACUGGUCAGAGAAACUUGUCAAGAAAAAGAUGCUGGCCUAUCAGUGCUCUAGCCGUGGUGGGGAGCUGGAGCUUGAGCUACAGGAUGAUGGCAGGCUCAAUAUCGCUGGCCAGGCGGUAACCGUCCUGCAGGGGAUUCUCACUGUGUAGAGACUAUACUGUUUACUCAGACUUAGCUAAAUGUACAACAGGAGCGUAGCAAUUAAAUAAAUAAAAAACUCUGA